GAUUGUGCACUCUCUCAUUUUAUUUGAACAGGUCUGUGUAGGCGAAGAGACUACAGUCAAUCAUUUCAGAGGUAGGAAUCCAGUAAGGAACGAGAUCUGGUCUCACAUUUCCUUCUCUCCGGACCUGGGACAUACGUCUUUGUUAUGAAGCUGGGAGUGAGGCUAUGUGUGCUGGUGAUCUCUCUCCAGCUUUGGGCUCUAGGACAGGGGCAGGAGCUUGAGCCAGAGCAGGUCCUUGUGUUCUGUGAUGACAAAGACGUGGAGGCAGCUGUGGACUUGGCCCUUGUCAAGUAUAAUGAGAAGCUUCCUUAUGGAAAUCAACUAGCACUCUACCAGAUUCUGGAGGCCUCAACGGCUCAGAGUGACUCAGGCACUCAGUACUUUGUGGAAUUCAAUGGCAGGGUCACUGACUGUCCAGCAGGGGGAAACAAAGUCUGGAGAGACUGUGACUACCUCCCAACUGGGAACCAGGUGCCAAUCCCUUGUAAUGCAACGGUCCUCAUGUCAGAGACAGAUAAAGAGGUCCUGGCAGUUUUCUGUGACCCAGUUGUGGAGGCCCCUGUUGUUGCUGAACGCUCCACAUGUCUGGGGUGUCCUAGGGAGAUUGAUGUGGACAGUGAGGAUCUAAAGGCUCCUGUGACAUACUCCAUCACCAGGUUCAAUGCAGAUUCUGACUCCAGCCAUCACUUCGUCCUGAACAGUGUUGGUUUUGCUACGAGACAGGUGGUUGCUGGAUUCAGGUAUAGACUGAUGUUCGAUAUGAGGAAAAGCAAUUGCUCCAAAGCGGACCACAAAGAACUUAACGAUGAAUGUCAUCCAGAUGCUGAAGAUGUGGAACUUGCUCACUGCAAUUCUACAGUAGAUGUGGCACCUUGGAGACAUGAGACUGCAGAAGCAAAUGUGGAAUGUGCACCAGGUCCCCUUCAGAAUGAAGUCUUUAGAAGAAGGCCUCCUGGAUGGUCUCCCUUGAGGAACUUCAACAAUUUUGCUGAAGCAACUCCACCCUCAACUGCUUCAGCCAAAGAGGAGUCUUUAGAGGAGUCUCAGGAGCUCAGCCUGACUGUCACCACGGCUAGCAGAGACCCAGAGCCAGCCAUGCCCCCCACCACUACUGCCGAGAGCCCUUUCCACUGCCCCUCCAAGCCCUGGAAGCAGUUUGUCCCUCCAACAACCCCCAGCACUGCACAGGAGAAAAGCACAACACCCCCACCAGUGGUAGAGGGGUGCUUCACUGAUUUAGACUUGCUGGGGAAAAAAUAAAUGAAUGCUGUAUAAUGCAUUUGUAUCAUAAGCACACCUGCUGAUUUGAAAUAAAAAAAUAAUCAUUUUAUUCUCUUUUUGACAAUGCAGUUCAAUCUUACUUUUGCAUUUCCUCAAAUUUGGCAAAGUACAUUUACGUCAUUUAGCAGACGCUCUUAUCCAGAGCGACUUACAAAUUGGUGCAUUCACCUUAUGAUAUCCAGUGGAACAACCACUUUACAAUAGUGCAUCUAUAUCUUUUUUUUGGGGGGGGGUUAGAAGGAUUACUUAAUCCUAUCCCAGGUAUUCCUUAAAGAGGUGGGGUUUCAGGUGUCUCCGAAGGUGGUGAUUGGCGUCGUGAGGGAGCUUGUUCCACCAUUGGGGUGCCAGAGCAGCGAACAGUUUUGACUGGGCUGAACGGGAACUGUGCUUCCGCAGAGGUGGAUGAACGCAGUGCCCUUCUUUGGGUGUAGGGACUGAUCAGAGCCUGAAGGUACGGAGGGGCCGUUCCCCUCACAGCUCCGUAGGCAAGCACCAUGGUCUUGUAGCAGAACAUCUUAACUGUUUGGCCAUUUGAUAUUAAAACAAUGUAUGAAAUUG